AAACACCGAUUUGUUUCAAACGCAAGCAAGAAAUUAUUAUUUUCUUGAAAAUUAUCCUCUCCCCAUCCUCUAUCUCUCCUCCCAUCUCUCUCUAAAUCUUUGGCAUUUAUUGAGAUUUUGGAGAGGCGGAUCGGAGGAGGAGAUUACACAGCAUUUAUUACCUUUCUGGGCCCACAUUAAAAUCUUCAAUACUAAAGAAUAAUCUGUUCUUUACAGACACACAGACCCAUAACAAAAAAAGUCUUGGAGUUGUGUUUGUUGAGUCCAUAUAAGAUUUAAGAUGGGGAAAAGGAGGGGAUCAUCUGCGUCGAACAAAUUGUGGGUAUGGAUGAGAAGGCAAUCGAUGAUGGUGAAGGUUAUGAUGGGAAUAAUGGUUGUGAUUUCGGCCUUGGUUGGGCUUAGGAUGUUCGUGAAGGAUCACAAUCACUUCUUUGUUGCUUCUGAAGCUAUUCAUGCUGCUGGCAUCCUUGUCUUGAUUUUUAAGCUCGCCACCAAGCGAAAUUGCUCCGGACUUUCUCUUAAGACUCAGGAGCUUACAGCUUUAUUCACUGCUCUGAGAUUGGGUUGUAGCUUUUAUAUGGAAGGGGACAUACACACAGUGCUUGAUUCACUUACUCUUGUGUUCACGUUGUGGGUUAUUUACAUGAUAAGGUUCAAACUAAGAGCCACGUACAUGGAUGAGCUGGACACCACUCCCUUGUAUAUUCUGCUAGUGCCUUGUGCUCUCCUAAGCAUAUUUGUACACCCCUAUACAAAUCACUCCAUAUAUACCCGAAUGCUUUGGGCCUUCUGUGUGUACCUAGAAUCUAUUUCAGUGUUGCCUCAGCUUCGUAUGAUGCAGAAAGCAAAGCUCAUUGAACCAUUUACGGCCCAUUAUGUGUUUGCACUUGGUGUUGCUCGAUUUUUGGGAUGCGCUCAUUGGGUAAUCUCGGUUUAUGAGACUUCUGGAACAUAUUUGUUCUUGUUCGGGAGCGGAUUGCUUUGGCUGCCAACAGUAUUGCUCUCUGAGAUAAUUCAAACUUUCAUCUUAGCAGAUUUCUGUUACUACUAUGUCAGAAGCGCUGUGAAUGGCCAACUUCUGGUCAGCCUGCCUACUGUUUGAUAUAUUCGUUUUCCUUUCUAACAGUUUUCAGUGUAACAAAUUUUAGUUAGAUUACAGAAUUUUGACUAAUCCUUUACAAGUUUGUAAGGUAUCAGUAACCGGUUGCCUUCUGUUUUGUUCUAUGAUUAAACUUUCUUUUAUCUCUUGCU